AACGAAUCACGCCGGGCCAAAAAGAAAAAGCCGAAGCAGGAGUGGCAACAAUAAUAGCAAGGAGAAACGAGAAGCAGACCAAAGAACCAAAACCCGGAAUAAAAAUCGCCGACCGCUUCAGCGCCAUCCUCGCAGCCGCAGCCGCAGCCGCAGCCGCAGCCAGUGGGAGCCGGACAGGGAGAGAGAAUAAUUCACCUCAGCGAUUCGCUUCCGUGUAAUGUUUCUUCGUCAUUGUUCUUCUCUCGUCGUUGCUCAGUUUUGAAGAGAGAAACCGUCGUUUUGGUACGGAGGAGGAAGAGAUGCAGAGACCGCGGCGGAAGGUGGUGGUGGUCAUACGGAAGGCGCUAAUGUGCGUCAUAUGCGCAAUAGCGCUCCUAGGGCUGCUCUCCGGCCACCUACUCGUGUUCCGUUCCUCCACUGUUCCAGAUUUCCCUGAUUCUCGCAAGCUCCCCACCGUCGCUCAACAUGAAAUCAAUUACCGAACGUUAAGCACUGAACGGAGAUGGACUCAGGAGCUGGCUCCGCCUCAGUUAUUGAAAGAGCAGACUCGGACUCAUAUAUCAAAAGCUCCUCUUAGGACCAGCAAGGUUUUCUGUUUCUCUCAAUGUUUCUGUGAUUUCCUAAAGCAGUCUGUUUGGUUGUUGAGAAAAUGUAGGAAUAAGAAAACAAAAGUGAAUGUUUUUUUUAUUGGAUCAUGCUCCUCCGGUCUUGAAUUGUGCUUUAGUCUAUUUUAUUUGAUGUUAAUGCUUUUUUGUGUUUCUAAGGUGGAAGUGGGGGAUUGAUUUUCUAUUUUCUCUAUUCUUUCUUUUAACCAUUAUGCUUGUUACAUGCUAACUUGUUAUGUAUUAUAGUAGGAGUCAACUAGAGAUGAUGUUCAUACAAAGAAGUCAUGCAUCUUUCAUGUUUUCACUCCUUUAGAUUUGACAGUUUGAUGGCGUGAGGAGAAAUCCAGAUUAUGACAAGCUGUGGAAACCUCCUGCAAAUCGCAAUUUGGUUCCCUGUGUGGCACCUUCUCCCAAUUAUACAGAUCCUGGAGAAUCUAAAGGCUACCUUGUAGUCAGUACAAAUGGUGGACUCAAUCAAAUGCGAACUGGGAUAUGCGACAUGGUAGCCGUUGCCCGUCUAAUAAAUGCCACUCUUGUAAUUCCGGAACUUGAUAAGCGAUCCUUUUGGAAAGACACUAGCAACUUCUCUGAUGUUUUUGAUGAGACAUAUUUUAUUAAUGCUUUGGCUCAUGAUGUUAAAGUGGUAAAAAAACUUCCAAAGGAUAUUUCACCUGCUACCAGAGUUGUUAAGCAUUUUAAAAGCUGGUCUGGACUGAAUUACUACCAGGAUGAGAUAGCACCCAUGUGGGAGGAAUAUAAGGUUGGUUUGUUGGGAUUCUAUGGCAUAUAUCUGCUUGCUUGAGUUCUUUUCCUGAAGAAAGUAUUCCAUGAUAUGUGUGUUCUUCGCCCCACUGCCUCCUCCACUCUCUUUUCAACAGGUUAUUCGAGCUGCGAAAUCUGAUUCACGUCUAGCGAAUAACAAUUUGCCCCCAGACAUACAGAAGCUUCGGUGUCGUACGUGCUAUGAAGCCAUUCGUUUUUCACCCAAAAUUGAGGCAAUGGGAAAAUUGUUGGUGGAGAGAAUGAGGUUUUAUGGUCCUUACAUUGCAUUGCAUUUACGAUUUGAGAAGGACGUGCUUGCCUUCAGUGGAUGUACACAUGGUUUAUCCAAGGCUGAAGCUGAAGAACUAAGGAUAAUCAGGGAAAAUACUGCCUACUGGAAAGUGAAGGAUAUUGAUGCCAGGCAGCAGAGGUCCAAAGGAUAUUGCCCCUUAACCCCAAAAGAGGUUGGAAUUUUUCUCCGUGCUCUUGGAUACCCACAAAAAACUCCUAUAUACAUUGCUUCUGGAGAGAUAUAUGGUGGUGAUUCUCACAUGGCUGAGUUAAGGUCUCGCUUUCCCAUGUUAAUGAGCAAGGAGAAAUUGGUUUCUGUUGAGAAACUUGAGCCAUUCAAUGGCCAUGCAACUCAAUUGGCUGCACUUGACUACAUUGUAUCUGUGGAAAGUGACAUCUUUAUUCCAACAUACUCUGGAAAUAUGGCAAGGGCAGUUGAAGGGCAUCGUCGUUUUCUAGGACAUCGUAAAACCAUCUCUCCUGACCGGAAAUCACUUGUUCACCUUUUUGAUAAAAUGGAGAGGGGGAUUUUGAAGGAAGGCCCAAAGUUAUCCAAUCGGGUCAUCGAAAUUCACAAAAAACUGCAAGGGUCUCCACGGAGGAGAAGGGGUCCUGUCUCAGGAACAAAGGGCAUGGAUAGAUUUCGUUCAGAAGAAUCCUUUUAUGAGAACCCUUUACCGGAUUGUUUGUGUAGAAGAGAAACAACAAAUCUGAAUGCUGCACUUGUUGUCAGGUAGAUCAGUUGCUUGUGAGUGAUUCCUUUCUAUAAAGAUCCCUUGCUGGUUGGUCAGCGGCACAUUUUAAGGCUUCUUUCUUGGUAGUUCGAUUCUAUACAAGCCUGCCAGUUCCCUACAAGAGUGGGGGCGCGGAUUGUGAAUAUCUUGAGUUCAACUAGCUGGUUUAAGUUCAACACAUGGAUAAGAACAAUGCUUUAGGUACAGGAUAAAGGCAUUGGGUAAUGAAUUACAGCGCCUUCCAUACCAAAGCACGUUUUUAUGCUUUGAGAAGUAGGCUAGAUUUCUAUGGUUGAAUUACGCAUUUUUCAUUAGAGCGUUUAUAGAUGUACUAGUUCUUGAAGAAAUAACAUGCUCUCUUCAAUUUCCAUGUAAUUGUUCAAUUUUCGGCUAUUAGUCUCAAUAAUAGUGAAAGAAUGUAAUCGUUUUCUCACUCCUCUUUUUAUUUAUAUACGCUUACGUGUUACUGAAUACUGAGGGAAAAGGAGCUUUUAUUAUUUUCUAAUUAAUGCCGACAUUUCUU